AUGGCCAAUGAACAAGUAGAGCCUGUAGUCAGGGUGCGUGUGUCUACGAACACCAUACAGGGUGACAAAGGCUUGUCUACAGCCGGGGCGUGUGUGUCUAGGAACACCAUACAGGGUGACAAAGGCGUGUCUACAGCCGGGGCGUGUGUGUCUACGAACACCAUACAGGGUGAUAAAGGCUUGUCUACAGCCGGGGCGUGUGUGUCUAGGAACACCAUACAGGGUGACAAAGACGUGUCUACAGCCGGGGCGUGUGUGUCUACGAACACCAUACAGAGUGACAAAGGCGUGUCUACAGCCGGGGCGUGUGUGUCUACGAACACCAUACAUGGUGACAAAGGCGUGUCUACAGCCGGGGCGUGUGUGUCUACGAACACCAUACAGAGUGACAAAGGCGUGUCUACAGCCGGGGCGUGUGUGUCUACGAACACCAUACAGGGUGUCAAAGGCGUGUCUACAUCCGGGGCGUGUGUGUCUACGAACACCAUACAGAGUGACAAAGGCGUGUCUACAGCCGGGGCGUGUGUGUCUACGAACACCAUACAUGGUGACAAAGGCGUGUUUACAGCCGGGGCGUGUGUUUCUACGAACACCAUACAGAGUGACAAAGGCGUGUCUACAGCCGAGGCGUGUGUGUCUACGAACACCAUACGGGGUGACAAAGGCGUGUCUACAGCCGGGGCGUGUGUGUCUACGAACACCAUACAGAGUGACAAAGGCGUGUCUACAGCCGGGGCGUGUGUGUCUACGAACACCAUACAGGGUGACAAAGUCGUGUCUACAGCCGGGGCGUGUGUGUCUACGAACACCAUACAGAGUGACAAAGGCGUGUCUACAGCCGGGGCGUGUGUGUCUACGAACACCAUACAGGGUGACACAGGCGUGUCUACAGCCGGGGCGUGUGUGUCUACGAACAACAUACAGAGUGACAAAGGCGUGUCUACAGCCGGGGCGUGUGUGUCUACGAACACCAUACAGGGUGACAAAGGCGUGUCUACAGCCGGGGCGUGUGUGUCUACGAACACCAUUCAGAGUGACAAAGGCGUGUCUACAGCCGGGGCGUGUGUGUCUACGAACACCAUUCAGAGUGACAAAGGCGUGUCUACAGCCGGGGCGUGUGUGUAUUCGAACACCAUACAGAAUGACAAAGGUGUGUCUACAGCCGGGGCGUGUGUGUCUACGAACACCAUACAGAGUGACAAAAGCGUGUCUACAGCCUGGGCGUGUGUGUCUACGAACACCAUACAGGGUGACAAAGGCGUGUCUACAGCCGGGGCGUGUGUGUCUACGAACACCAUACAGGGUGACAAAGGCGUGUCUACAGCCGGGGCGUGCGUGUCUACAAGAAAAUACAAAAGAUAA